CAGUUCCCCGCGCUCAGAGGGCCAACUUGGCCGAGCAACUUUGUCCCGGGAGCGGCGCUUGGGGGGACUGGGUACUGCGCAUGCGGAGCUCCAAAUUCAAACAGCUGUUUCCAGAGGCUGCAGGGCCGGCUGACCCAGAGCCGCUGGGGCUGGGGGAAAGUUUCGCGUCUAGGCGGCCGCUAGGGAGCCAUGGUGGACCGGGGCCCACUGCUCACUUCGGCCAUCAUCUUCUACCUGGCCAUCGGGGCGGCGAUCUUCGAAGUGCUCGAGGAGCCGCACUGGAAAGAGGCCAAGAAGAACUACACUACACAGAAGCUGCAUCUGCUCAAGGAGUUCCCGUGCCUGGGCCAGGAAGGCUUGGACAAGAUCCUGCAGGUAGUUUCUAAUGCUGCAGAGCAGGGCGUGGCCAUCACAGGGAACCAGACCUUCAACAACUGGAACUGGCCAAAUGCAAUGAUUUUUGCAGCCACGGUCAUCACCACCAUUGGUUAUGGCAAUGUGGCCCCCAAGACCCCCGCCGGGCGCCUCUUCUGUGUCUUCUACGGUCUCUUCGGGGUACCUCUCUGCCUGACCUGGAUCAGUGCCCUGGGAAAGUUCUUCGGAGGACGUGCCAAGAGGCUGGGCCAGUUCCUCACCAGGAGAGGCAUGAGCCUGCGGAAGGCGCAGAUCACGUGCACGGCCAUCUUCAUCGUGUGGGGCGUCCUGGUCCACCUGGUGAUCCCGCCCUUCGUGUUCAUGGUGACCGAGGAGUGGGACUACAUUGGUGGCCUCUACUACUCCUUCAUCACCAUCUCCACCAUCGGCUUUGGUGACUUUGUGGCUGGUGUGAACCCCAGUGCCAACUACCACGCCUUGUACCGGUACUUUGUGGAGCUCUGGAUCUACCUGGGGCUGGCCUGGCUGUCCCUCUUUGUCAACUGGAAGGUGAGCAUGUUUGUGGAGGUCCACAAAGCCAUUAAGAAGAGGCGGAGACGGCGGAAGGAGUCCUUCGAGAGCUCCCCACACUCCCGGAAGGCCCUGGGGAUGGCAGGCAGCACGGCCUCCAAGGACGUCAACAUCUUCAGCUUUCUGUCCAAAAAGGAAGAGACCUACAAUGACCUCAUCAAGCAGAUUGGGAAGAAGGCCAUGAAAACAAGUGGGGGUGGGGAGAGGGUCCCAGGACCUGGGCUGGGGCCUCAGGGGGCUGGGCUGCCCGCGCUCCCCGCCUCCCGGACAUCCUUGGUGGUCUACUCCAAGAACUGCGCGCCCAGCUUGGAAGAGGUGUCACAGACGCUCAGGAGCAAAGGGCACGUGUCGAGGCCCCCUGGAGAGGAGGACCAGCCGCAGGCCCCCGAGGACAGCUCCCCGACCUCCGAGGUGUUCAUCAACCAACUGGACCGCAUCAGCGAGGAGGACGAGCCCUGGGGGGCCCGGGACUACCACCCACUCAUCUUCCAGAACGCCAGCAUUGCCUUUGUGAACGAGGAGGCCAGCCUCCUGGACGAGGAGACCUCUAAGUCCUCUCUGGAGGACAACCUGGUGGGGGAGGAGCAGCCCCAGGAGGGGGACGCCACCCAGGUGCCCCUGAACAUGGGCAAGUUCCCCUCGUCAGAUGAGUCCACCUUCACCAGCACCGAGUCAGAGCUUUCCGUGCCUUACGAGCAGCUGAUGAACGAGUACAAUAAGGCAAACAGCCCCAAAGGCACCUGAGGCGGGCCGGCUCCUCACCCCACCUUUGAUGGCUCUUCCCUUCACCCCGGGGUGUCCCGCGGUGGCCAAGAGCCCGGGCUCCUGAUCGGGCAGCCCUGCAGCUGGGAGUGGGGAGCCAGGGGCCUUCCUUUUCCUCUGUCCCCUCCAGCUGGUUGCCCCGAUGGAACAUGGCACAUGCCCAGGACAGGGUCUCUGCUCUCUGCUGAGCAGCACCCUAGUGUGGGGAGGCCACUGUCCUGAGCGUGAACGGUGUUAUUGAUGACUGGGAGGCAUGUGGGCUGGCAGCACUGACCCGAGGAGGCCCACGCCUGCAUGGGUCUUAGCCUGUCUUCAAUUGAGCGUCAUACGGUUCCCUGAGGCCAGUGGCCUCGGCCAUUUGAGUUCACCAGUAUUAAGGAACAAUUUCUAUGUGCCUGGCGCUGAGCUAGGAGUUUCAGAGAGGGGAGGGCCUGUAGACCGGGGUUCUGCCUUGUUGAGUACUUAAGUGUUUGGGAGGUUCAGCUGUGAUGUUGAGGUCUGGGCUUCUCAGUACCCCAACAGUAUUAGGACCCAUCUCCCCAUCUACCUGUGGAUGUCCUUCAGGCCCCCACUGCAAAACCUCAGGAGGGCAGAGGCCACAGCGGGAGGGGAGCUGAGCUGAUAGGCAGGAAAUGAAGCACCCCAAAGCCAGCAUGGGCCCAGGGGCCUGCCCUCUUGCCCCAGAGCCAUGUCCCUGUCUCAGGCCUUCAGCCCACCAAUGGCAGACAAGGCUUUCUGCACCCUAAGUGGUGGGAGGAAGAGAGGGUGGCGGACCUGGGCCGUGGAAGCUGGGGACAGGGGUCUACAAGGGCGUUCAAGGGUGAGGCUUAGCUCGGGCUAAUUCUGCCCUCGCCCCUCUCGCCCACUACUUCCCCCCAAAGUUGCAUGCCCCUGGCCUGAGUACCCACACUCCCAUCCUGCUGUCUCCACAUCCCCUAGGCUCGGUCACAGAUCUUGCUGCCCCUCUCACAGACCGCCUCACCUGGACCCACCACUCCUCCCCACCCCGGGGCCAGGGCAUGAGGCUAGAUUGCUCGUGGCCCACCAAUGGAGAAUGGCCAAAACUGUGAAUUGAGCUCCUCUCUCUGCUACUGUAUGGCUUGAGUGCGUGUGUGCGUGACGUGUGGGAAAGGGAGGCCUCUGGGCUGAGAAGAGAGAAUGCAAAACCGUACGUGGACUCCGUUUCUUUCUGGUGAGGGGUGGGUAGAACUCGCUGCUGCCUGAGUUUGGGGUUUUGAUGAUGCGCACCCCAGGACCAGCCCACUCUGCCCUGAAUGUUUUUGUUAUUGUUCUUCUUCUUCUUUUUUUUUUAAUGAACUGCUGUUUUAUAUACCUGGAAUCUGUUUGCUUUAGAGCCAGUGGUUAAAGAGCAGGGUCCCAAGGAUGGGGACAUCCACUGUGUACCCUGCUGCACCCCAACUCAACUGAGACUUUUGUGAUGUAAGCCGAAGUCCUAUCAAGAGCCAAGUCCCCAAGCAGAGUUGAUGGCAGGGAGCAAGGGUAGAGAAGGGUGUCCUGCAGGUGGCUGGGUGCUGGGCAGGAGGGACAGGAGCCCAGUCACAGCCCAACACCCUCUGACGCUCAGCCCCGCCCUCCCUCGCACCUCUGCUCAGGGGCCGAUUGAGCUAGAGGGUCCCUCCCUGCCAUGUGGAGCUGGCAGGGGGCAUGUGCACGCCCCACUCGCCCCACUCACUCUGAACGGUUGCAGUGGCCAGCGGGGGGGGGGGGGGGG